CAGACGCCAUGUUGAAAAUUUUAGAUCGUUGAAGAACUAGAGAUACAGUGCUGCCAACAAAAUAAAAAUAAACUUAACCUAACCCUAACCUAGAAAUUAAUAAUAAAAAUGUAUACCCUACAGCAAACAAUUAUUUAGGAAAUCAAAAUAUGUAUCCCUGUUAACUUUCAAAUAAAAUUAUGGUUCUUCCAAGUAUAGAACCGCGUCAAAAUUACUGCCAAUGGCUGAUAAACGUAAAACUGUCCCGUAUAGUCGUAAUGGUACUAACAAUCCUCAUCCUCACCCCUUUAAUAACCCACUUUUACUUGUCCAAGGUAGAAAGAAGCGCCAACUCGGUUUCACAUUCACACGUCGAUUUACCAGAAGACUUGGCAGAUCUUAGAGAAGUAGAUCUACGUGUAGGCGUAGAGGAGCUGGUCAGAAUACGCGGCUCAGUACUGAGCGAGCUGAGAAACAUCGAAAAAAAACGGCAACAGUUCAAGCAAGAAUUGCAAAGCUACUCCAAAAAUAUUGAAGAUUUAAAGCUGGAGUUAGCGCAUCAACAGACCAAUUUAAACAGGUUGAAAAUGUCGGUGGAACAAGCCGAAGUUGCUAUGCACGAAGCUUUGCAGCAAAAUACUCCCGAUUUGGCGCUACCUCAGAGGCUUUUGCCUAACGAAUUACCCCCCAAACUACCCGCCAUUAGUAAAGAAAGGUCUAGAAAUUGUAGGAUGUUUAGCUGUUUUGAUCAUUCAAGAUGUUCUCUGACGUCUGGGUUUCCGGUAUACCUCUACGACCCCGAUCAGCAUCCGGUAAUGAACGACGGUUGGGACGUUGACGGUUUUCUAAAAACCACUCUGAAGCAAGUCUUAGGCUACAACCCCCAUUUGACACAAAACCCCACUGACGCUUGCAUAUUCCUAGUUUUAGUUGGCGAAGCCCUAAAAGACACCGAUGACGUCACGGAAAACAUAGGCAACCAUCUGAAUCUACCCCCGUUAGACUCAAAAGCCUUGCAACGCUUGCCCUAUUGGGGUGGGGACGGCCGCAACCAUGUCCUACUUAAUUUGGCCAGGCGCGAUUUAAGUGCCACUAGCGGCGAUAUUUUUUCUGACAUCGACACCGGCCGAGCCAUUUUAGUUCAAUCGACCUUCUACCACGACUACUUUCGACCGAACUUCGAUUUGAUAGUGUCCCCGGUACUGGGGCCACCUGGCGGCGACGUUUGGCAAGAGUGCGCCUACAUGUUGCCAAGUCGUCGCAAAUAUCUCCUGUCUUUCCAAGGCGAAAUGAAAUCGACACCCAAAUCCAACACUACAUCAAAGCAAUUUUUAUUCACCGACGCGCAAUUGGAAAAAGAAAACGUCGAACUAAACAAUUAUAUUUUGCAACAUUUAAAAAACUUGGCAACAACGCAUACGUCUGAUAAGUUUUUGUUUAAUUUUGAAUGCGUACCUGCUAGUGACGACACUACCCUUUUGCCUUUUGAUUGGGCUUUAUGCGGUACUGACAGCAGUCGCAGAGGAAUCUUAAAAGACUCAACUUUUGUGUUGAUUUUUGCCCCAACAUCUACUGAUUAUUUAUCAACAACGUUGCUUCAAGCACGUGUGUACGAGGCCUUAAGAUCAGGCGCCAUUCCUCUAAUCCUAGGCGGCGAUCAAAUUCAACUCGCCUAUCACGAAGUCAUACAGUGGCGCCGCGUUGCCAUAUUUCUACCAAAGGCGCGCGUCACUGAAUUGCAUUUUUUGCUGCGCACUAUUCCGGAUGAGGACAUAAUGCUGUUUCGGAAACAAGGCAGGUUGGUGUGGGAACGAUAUUUGGCAUCGGUGCAAAGUACGUUGGAUACUAUUGUGGCAGUGUUGCGGGAUCGGUUGAAUAUUCCAGCGUUGCCGGCUGAUACGGUUGCAGGAAUUAGCGUUUUUAAUGAGACAUUCCAACCGAUUUUAGUUCCUGCUGUUGGCGAUGUGGAACAAGAAGAAAGUUUAGGACCACUAGAACCCCCCUACAAUAGUUUGGCUUUUAGAAGGAACUAUAGCCUCGGGCUAACGCAAGGCCACGAAAUUUGGAACGAUUGGGGCGAUCCCUUCAGGUUGUAUGCGGCGUUGCCAACUGAUCCAAUUUUACCUUCCGAUGCCAAGUUUAUCGGUUCGGAACGAGGCUUUAGACCAAUUGCCUCUGGAGCUGGAGGUUCCGGCAAGGAAUUUUCAGAGGCUUUAGGUGGCAAUAGUCCUAGAGAACAAUUUACAAUUUUACUUCUCACUUAUGAAAGAGAGCAAGUGCUAUUAGACUCGAUAGCAAGACUGAGAGGGCUGCCCUAUUUGAACUCAGUUGUAGUAAUUUGGAACAGCCCUCGAUUGCCCAGUGCAGAUUUGCGAUGGCCCGAUAUCGGUGUCACUGUUCACAUAAUUAAAGCUGCAAGGAAUUCAUUAAAUAACCGGUUUUUACCUUUGGACAAUUUACAAACCGAAGCGAUUUUAUCAGUAGACGAUGACGCUCAUUUACGUCACGAUGAAAUUUUGUUCGGGUUCCGAGUGUGGCGCGAACACCGAGACAGAAUCGUGGGAUUUCCCGGACGAUUUCACGCUUGGGAUUUGAACACCAAAAAUAGUUGGCUGUAUAAUUCGAAUUACAGUUGCGAAUUGAGCAUGGUUUUGACAGGUGCGUCAUUCCUUCAUCGGCAUUAUUUGCAUUUGUAUUGGAAAUGGCUGCCGCAAGCUGUCAGAGACAAGGUGGACGAAUAUAUGAACUGUGAAGAUAUUGCAAUGAAUUUUCUUGUGAGUCAUAUUACCCAGAAGCCACCGGUUAAGGUGACAUCUAGGUGGACGUUUCGGUGUCCCGGGUGUCCUCAGAGCUUGUCAGAGGACGACACGCAUUUUCAGGAAAGGCAUAAAUGUAUUAAUUAUUUUACACAGGUUUUUGGGUAUACUCCGUUACUGAAUACUCAGUACCGGGCCGAUUCCAUUUUGUUCAAGACUAGGAUACCUCACGACAAGCAAAAAUGCUUUAAAUUUAUUUAAACAAGACUGGAUUUUUAUUGUUUUUUGUAAUUUUAGUAUUUUGUAGAUAUUAGGCCUGUUCACACAGCAAUCACAAAUCAGUCAGAGUGGAUUUCAUUGGUUAAAACUAGUUUUCUGAUUGUUUUCAACCAAUGAAAUUCGCUUUGACUGGUUGAUAAUUGCUGUGCGAACAUGCCUAUUAAUUUGUGAUAUUUUUUAAUUAUUUAUUUUGUGCCAUAGUUUUUUUGUAAAUUUUAAAACAAUGUUAACGGUAUUUAGUUUAAGUUUUAUGUACUAGACGAAGUAAAAUAAAAUGCGAUUUUUAUUUACAUUU